CGCAGUUUGCCCGCAGCGGGGCGGCUGUUCCCACCCCGGACUCUCCCGUGGAGCGGAGCCCGGCAGAUGGGCGCCUGAGGAGCGAGAGCAGGGAAAUGGACUGCUAUUUGCGCCGCCUCAAACAGGAGCUGGUCCAUACUACCCACUUCAGGAUCUGCCUUAAUAGAAGAUGUCCAUGAAGGAAGUGGGUGAUGGCUUGCAGGAUCAGAUGAACUGCAUGAUGGGGGCACUGCAGGAACUGAAGCUCCUACAGGUGCAGACAGCACUGGAACGGCUGGAGAUCUCUGGAGGGGAUCCUGCCCUGGGCUGCCCUGAAAGCCCCCGGACUCAGCCUGAGCCCCCUCGAUGGGAGGGUGGCGGAGGUCCUGCCAGGCCUGUGGCCUGCUCCCCCUCCACCCAACCUUCUCUUGGCAGCAGCACCAAGUUUCCAUCCCAUCGGAAUGUGUGCGGGAGGGAUUGGGCCCCCCUUCCCAGGACACAGCUGCCGGAGCACCACAGCCGUGCCCAGCAGGGGCCAGAGCUGGUGGAACCCGAUGACUGGACCUCCACGCUGAUGUCCCGGGGCCGGAAUCGACAGCCCCUGGUGUUAGGUGACAACGUGUUUGCGGACCUGGUGGGCAACUGGCUGGAUUUGCCUGAACUGGAGAAGGGUGGGGAGAAGGGUGAGACUGGGGAAGCAGGUGGGCAGAAAAGAGAGAGGGGCCAGCCCCGGGAGCUGGGCCGCAGGUUUGCCCUAACAGCAAACAUCUUUAGGAAGUUCUUGCGUAGUGUGCGGCCCGACAGGGACCGGCUGCUGAAGGAGAAACCGGGCUGGGUGACCCCCACGGCCUCGGAGCCCCGAGCCGGGCGCUCGCAGAAGGUCAAGAAGCGGAGCCAUUCCAAGGGCUCUGGACAUGGCCCCUUCCCAGGCACCGCGGAGCCCAGACGAGGGGAAAAUCCUUCCACGAGUUGCCCCAAGGCCCUGGAACCCUCACCCUCUGGCUUUGACAUUAACACAGCUGUUUGGGUCUGAAUCCUAGAGACAGAAAGUUGACUGGACCCAAAAGGGCCAGGUCCCCGUGCUGGGCCCCUGGAAAGAAGGGUGGGCGGGCGGUCUGGCUUUCAACGCUAACUCCAAGUUCCUUUCCCCAGAAAGGAGGGAGAGGAAGCAGGAGUGUCCGCAGCAGGGCUGACGGCCACGGUUGGGAGGGGCCGUAGCAGGGGCUGUGGGGGAGGUGAGCGUUCCUGGACUGACUGUGUGUGUGUGUGUGUGUGUGUGUGUUGCUCACUUUGGGGCUGGAGGUGACAGCAGGAAAGCGAUACAGGGAGGAGAGCAGGAAACCCUUCUGACAUUCCUUCACUGUCCCCAAACACCUCAGUGGAACAUGCUGUAUGGGUUAGGGCACUGGGGCCUCAGACUCCCCAGACAGGCCCCCAGUAAGGACGUUGUCUCUGGUGUCCCCAGCCUUAUAACUGUUUGCUUCCGGGCAAGGCGCUGCUCCAGGCCCAGGUAUUAAACCCCGGCCUCCUGGGAGUCCGAGCCAUUCCCACCCCCACCCCUUCCUGCUGCCUCUGCCUUCUCAGCCCAUGCCUGGGUCUUGAGAAAUGGGCUGAAUGAGAGCCUGCCUGUAAGUGUGCUUGGGGAAGUCCCAGAUGCUCCUCUUGUCUUUCCAAAAGCACAGGAGAGGAAAGAGACUGUUUGUACAGCACUUCACAUGUUGGAAAGCCUUUUCACAUCCAUUAUCUCAUUAGUAAAGGGGCAAGUAUUAUCCCAUUUUCCAGAAGAGGAAGUAAGCCUCCAUGUGCUGCUACCUGUCCAAGAUUGCACCCCAGGCAGGAGGCAGACCAGUGCAGGGCUGACGGAAGAGCAGAAGCUGGGCCCUGGAGCCACACACAGUCCCCCCCGCAACACCGUCUCCAGCCCGGAACGCCACACGGGACACAGGAACACCAGCGAGGCCAAGGCGAGCCCAGAAAAAAUAUGCACUCCUUUUAAAAUUCCUAGCUCCAUCCCGCGGUCUCCCCAAAGACUAGGCGCAUGCAGCCUUUGGCCUCAUCUUCCCGCCUCCCGCAGGACCAGCCUCCCGCAGGACCAGCCGAGGAGGAGGAGGAAGGGCCGGGGCAGCAGCUCAGCUCCGGCGGGGGCUGGCUGCACGGGCGGCACCUAAAGCUUCCUAAAGCCGCGCUGUGCACGUGGCCUGGAGCGAGACACCACGCAGCUCCCGGCGCCUCAGCGCCCCCCUUGAAACUGCCGUCCCUCCCACUCGGGCAGGGAACGCCCACUGGCCGGGAAAACACAAUGUGGGUCCCUGUUUGGGCCGAGCCAGCCCGGGAAGGCACUCCCUCUCUCCUCCUCUCUCCACCUCCUGGCUGAUCUCCCCUCUGCUUGAUGGGGGGUGACAGCUGCAAUUAGAGGCAAGACGCCUUCCUGCCCUCAAAGCAUUAAUAGCAAAUUGGAGAAGAAAAAUAACAAGAAGGCUCUUCCUGCAUCCUGGACCCCCAGGGGGCGAGGAUGGGGGGGUGCUUAGAGUGAGCAGCUCGCGACAGCUGGAGUUGGGGGUGGUUAGGGUCACUCAAAUCCCCACACAAUGAAAUGGUAGAUGUUUAGUUUGGGAUGGUGGAAGCUACAAGAGGAAAGACACUAAUUUUUUUUUUUUUUUUUUUGAGCAUUUGCUCUUUCCAGGCAGUGUACACAUGUCUGUCAAACUUCCAAAUGACCCUACAAGGUACUGUCCUCCCAGGAAAUCAGUAAAGGCUCUUAGGGGUCCUGUAAAUUGCCCAGAUCAGGCUAUCAGUAAAAGAAAGAACCAGGAUUACAAACGGGGGGGUUGUGUGGCUGCUGAAUCCUGAGAGGAGGGAGCCAUGGGGCGCUGGGUGGUGGCAAAUCCGUCCAGCAGUUAUUCAAGAAGGCACCAGCUUCGAGUAGGGAAUGAUUCUACAGGAAACCAAGUUGCCUCUUGGCCAUUCACCUGCAUCUCAUCUGUUUUGUGGACUGGUCACAGCAAUUCAGGCCAAUCGAACAAAACUUUAUGAACACCUGCCAGUGCCAGGCAUUGCAAUAGGAACUAAGCACAGAGCAAUGGGAAGGACCCAGUUUCUGACUCAAAGGGUCCAGUGGGAAGAAAGAAGCAACUCUUAACCCAUCACUUAACCAAAAGGGAUUCAAGGGAAUGAAAACUCAUUUUAACCUGGGCCAGACAAACAAUUAGGAAGUGACAUUUGCUGCCAGGAUAGUUCACAGGUGUCACCUUUGUGUUCUUAUUUCCUCCUCACCACACUCUGGGAGUAGCUGCUGUUACUCUUGUAUUACAUGGAGAGGCUCAGAGAGGUUAAGUAACUUGCCCAGGGUCCUAGUGACAGAGCUGGGAUUGAAGCAGUUCCAAUUGACUUCCAGUCUUGUGCUUUUCACACUAGCCCGCAAAUUGUCCAUCUCUGCCCCAAAGCCAAGUCAAGAGGAACAACAACAAACCUGUCCUCCCAUGUUAUCUGAGCCCCUGUGUGGCUAAUACACGGAAGGCUGCCUGUCCGGUGGCAGAAUUCUGCCUGGGUCUGGACGGAGCUGAUGUAAUGCCCCAUCCACUACGUCAUGCUUUGUUAGUGAAAGAUGAUGGUCAAUUCAUUUCCCCCCCAUAAUUUUUCCUUUUCCCUCCUGGGCUCCUGCCACGACAAUGACAGAAGCUGUAUUUUACUGAAGCUGAGGGGAGAGGUGAAUGGGAAGGCCUGGGGCCUAAGUGAAGCAGGAAAGUGUGGGGUGGGGAGCAAUGUGAUGAGGGGGAGGCAGUGGAAGCAAGCGGAGGGAAAUCGACAGCUUAAUUCCGCCCCUGGGGCUCAUUUUAUGGUUAAUUAGGACAUGCAAAUAAGCUGGAAGCUCAUUUAAUACCCUCCCUGGCAUGGGGCCCUGCCUCACACCUGGCCCACUUCCCUAGCAGGUACAAGGGCCCCCGAUUGGCUCAGGCAUCUUCCUAGGGCUCCACCUGCUUCUUUGUGGCCCUGUGGCCAGAGUGUGUCUAUAGAUGUCCCUGGGACCGUAAGCAGGAGCUAGAAGAGUCCCUGCUGGGUGUGGCCAGCCGCCUGCCUGGUCUCCUUCCUUUCUCUUUCCAACCCUGAGACCUGGGACCCCUCUUUCCCAGAGGGCACAGGGCCCCUCUCCCUCCAGUGCUCCCCUUGCACUUCACCACACAGGUUGAGCUCUGAACCCAAGCCUGAGGCGUAGAGACCUGGUUCAGCUCUGUUCCCACCACAGCCCCCUGCUCCUCAGAGCCCUGCUGGGGAGGGGGCUCCUCCAUCUUUCCCAACACACACUAACCUUUCCCACAGCGCCUCCCUAAAAGCAAAAGCACAGCCUGUCUCUGGGGAGCAGGGGCCUGCCUCCAGCUUUCAAGCCACCCCCGGUGACCUCCCACCCAGGGCAUUAGACACUUCUGCCAGCACCAUGGCAUGAGCACUGGAUUUGGAGUCGAGAUUGGAGACCCAUUUCUGUCACUGUGUAAGUGUGAGCAUGUUGCUUGGCCUCUCUGAGCCUCGUCUUUCUCGUCUGUGAAAUGGGAAUAAAGCAGAGCUGCUGCGAGGUUUAAUGGACAUAAUGCACCUAAGGGUCAAGCACUCAACCUAGAACAGCAGAAGCUCAAUUUAUAUUGGACUGCCUGCCCCUUGGUUCAGGUGCUAACCAUGUGACCCGGGGCAAAAAUGCUA